AAGUGAAGAUUUUCAGAAAGCUUUGGUUUCUGUCUUUGUGCUGUUGUGUUGAGAUUGCCUAACUGUGAAAAUGACAGUACCCACAUCUGCUGUCCUUGGUUUGUUUUAGAGUUAUGUGUGAUGUACAGAAUUCCUCUCCAAGUCUGCUUCAGGACCUAUGUGUGUGUGUGUGUGUUUUCACAAUGUGUGUCACAUUUUAACAAUGACUGUCUAAAAUGGGUGACCACAUUUUCAACCAUUUUUACUGACACUGAAACGGAGUGUGAGAUGGACUACAACACAAUCUAAUUUUAUAUUAUUAUCUACAGGGCAUUUUUGCUGAAUUGUGCAAUUGUUGUGAAAAUGCGUUGUGGAUUUUGGCCUCUUAGCGCUGUGAUUAAUUGUGUCUAGCAGAGAACUGCUUUGUUAUGGAGAUGAUGAUGGGGGAAGAGUUUCGACUCCGGAUCCCCAGGGUUACUCAGCUCCGUGUUUUACGGGUAGCUCCACAGCCAGCUGCUGCAGAGAAGGCACCCGGCGCACCGUGUUUUUUUUUUUUGCCUUGUUUGCUCCAAUAGUCGCACUGCCUGCGCAGUGGAUGGAGCAGGAGUCCUUUCAAGUUACAGACCUGGUACUAUCCGAACCUCCAGGUAUUUUUGCCAAGUCUGCCCAUUCGACAUUUGUGGAGACUAUGAGAAUGGAUUGACAAAGGCGACUGAUGAGAUGCGCUCUUCUUAAUUCUGAGAAGCCUUUUUGGCUGUAGAGUAUGAGCUGAAUUCUUCCUGUUCAUUCGCCGUUCCACGCUAACGCUGGGUCGCGGAGUUUCUUAAAAUACGUUGUAUUUUCAAGUGCUGGGAGUGGGAUGCGCCAGAAGGAGAACUAAUAAUUUAGAUUUAAACGGCCUCUGGAAUGGAGUUCAUUCGAUUUGCGGGAAUGCACGGACUUGGAGAAAGACCUGCUACGUGAGAGAGCACGAUUUGUCCUGAAGAAGUGGAGUAUGCAUCGGAACCAUACAAGUCUUUGUGCUGCCUACUGAACCGCGUUUCAGGGUUCCACCACUGAAAGGCUGCCCGCUUCAGCUCUGCCUUUGCUGUCCCACAUCGUCUCAGGCUGCGUCAGAUUUCACAUAAAGCCACACUGGAACAAUCCAAUACUUUAUGAGAAGAUGAUUGGUGAGGAAUCUCUAAGAACCACAGAUCGCUGACAUUCAUUUGGCCUGGAGCUUUUUGUUUUGAGUAUCACUGACUGGCGCUCAUCGUUAAGCAUCUGGAGAGUGUCCCCACCGACAAAACAAAAAUGGCCUUUGCCCCGUGGAGAUGCCCACUUGUUCACUGGCUGCUCUUGGCUUUGGCCCUUUUUCAAAUUUCACAAGCAUUCAGCCGUGCUGCCUUGCCCUUUGGCCUGGUCAGGCGGGAGCUUUCCUGCGAGGGCUACCCCAUCGAUCUCCGCUGCCCGGGGAGCGACGUCAUCAUGAUUGAGACGGCAAACUACGGCCGCACCGAUGACAAGAUCUGUGAUGCUGACCCUUUCCAGAUGGAAAAUGUCAACUGCUACCUCCCCGAUGCCUACAAAAUCAUAUCGCAAAGGUGUAACAAUCGGACACAAUGUAUUGUCGUCACCGGGUCAGAUGUCUUUCCUGAUCCCUGUCCAGGGACCUAUAAGUACCUUGAGGUUCAGUACGAGUGUGUCCCUUACAAAGUGGAGCAAAAAGUUUUCAUUUGUCCUGGGACUCUGAAAGCUGUUGGGGAGCCCUCGUUUGUCUUUGAGGCGGAGCAGCAAGCGGGCGCUUGGUGUAAAGACCCACUCCAGGCUGGAGACAAGAUCUUCUUCAUGCCCUGGACGCCAUACCGCACGGACACCCUGAUAGAGUACGCCUCGCCGGACGACUUUCGGAAUGGCCGACAGACCACCACAUACAAGCUGCCCCACCGUGUGGACGGCACAGGCUUUGUGGCGUACGACGGUGCCAUCUUCUUCAACAAGGAGCGCACCCGCAACAUUGUCAAGUUUGACCUGCGCACGCGCAUCAAGAGUGGCGAGGCCAUCGUGGCCAACGCCAACUACCACGACACCUCGCCCUACCGCUGGGGCGGCAAGACGGACAUCGACCUGGCUGUGGACGAGCACGGCCUGUGGGUGAUCUACGCCACCGAGCAGAACAACGGCCGCAUCGUGCUGAGCCAGCUCAACCCCUACACGCUCCGCUUCGAGGCCACCUGGGACACUGCCUAUGACAAGCGCUCGGCCUCCAACGCCUUCAUGGUGUGCGGCGUGCUGCACGUGGUGCGCUCCACCUACGAGGAGAAUGAGAGCGAGGCCAGCAAAAGCCAAAUCGACUACAUCUACAACACCAUGCUGGGCCAGGGCGAGUACACAGACAUACUCUUUCCCAACCAGUACCAGUACAUCGCCGCCGUGGAUUACAACCCCAGGGACAACCAGCUUUACGUGUGGAAUAAUUUUUACAUCCUACGAUACGAUCUGGAGUUCGGGCCCCCCGAUCCUGAUGAAGCCCCAACUGUCACUGAUGAUGUCACGCCAGCUGCGCCUCUCAAAACAACCACAUAUCCCGCCAUCUCCACCACAAUGCUGCGGAGCCCAGUCAACACCACCAUCAUGGCCGACCCCAGGGAGGACAAAGGCGGGGUGGAUCUGCCAGCGGACCCCAUUGGCAGCUCCGGUCCCACCACUGUAGAGCCCCCGCCGUCGUCGAGGCGCUUCUGCGAGGGAACAGUGAGGAGAGGAAUAGUGUGGCCACAGACACACAGAGGCAUGAAUGUGGAGAGACCUUGCCCUAAGGGCACUAAAGGCAUCGCCUCCUACCUCUGCUCCGCCACCACGGGGGCCUGGAUCCCCAAGGGCCCGGAUCUCAGCAAUUGCACCUCCCACUGGGUCACACAGGUAGCUCAGAAGAUCCGCAGCGGCGAGAACGCAGCCAACCUGGCCAACGAACUGGCGCACCACACCCAGUGGCCUGUGUUUCCCGGCGACGUCAGCUCCUCGGUGCGCCUCAUGGAGCAGCUGGUGGACAUCCUGGACGCACAGCUGCAGGAGCUGAGGCCCAGCGAGAAGGACUCGGCCGGGCGCAGCUUCAACAAGCUUCAGAAAAGAGAAAGGACUUGCAGGGCGUACAUGAAGGCCAUUGUAGAUACGGUUGACAACCUCCUGAGGCCGGAAGCCUUGAAAUCCUGGGAGGACAUGAAUUCUACAGAGCAAACGCACACCGCCACCAUGCUACUCGAUACCCUGGAGGAAGGAGCCUUUGUCCUUGCAGACAACCUGAUGGAGCCCGCCGUUGUCAAAGUCCCCGCUGAGAACAUAAUGCUGGAUGUAUAUGUACUGAGCACAGAUGGCCAAGUGCAGGACUUCCGAUUUCCCCAGUCCAGUAAGGGAGGAGCCACCAUUCAGCUGAGCGCCAACACAGUCAAGCUCAACAGUAAAAACGGCAUUGCCAAACUGGUUUUUGUCCUGUACAAGCACCUGGGCCACUUCCUCACCGUGGAGAAUGCCACCAUGAAGCUGGGCGGGGAGGUGGGGGGCCACAACCUCACCAUGGUGGUGAACUCCCACAUACUGUCCGCCUCCAUCAACAAGGAGUCCAGCCGUGUGUUUGUAACCGAUCCUGUCGUGUUCACCCUGGCGCACCUUGACACGGAGCACUAUUUUAACCCCAACUGCUCGUUCUGGAACUACUCGGAGCGAAGCAUGAUGGGCUACUGGUCCAUUCAGGGCUGCAAGCUGCUGGACACCAACAAGACCCACACCACCUGCUCGUGCAGUCACCUGACCAACUUCGCCAUCCUCAUGGCACACCGCGGGCACGUGCUGGAGGGCAGUGUCCACGAGCUCUUGCUGACGGUGAUCACGCGCAUGGGUAUCGCCGUGUCACUGGUUUGUCUCGCCAUCAGCAUCUUCACCUUCUGCUUCUUCCGGGGACUGCAGAGCGACCGCAACACCAUCCACAAGAACCUGUGCAUCAACCUCUUCAUCGCAGAGCUGCUCUUCCUCGUGGGGAUCAACAUGACCGAGCCAAAGAUCGUGUGCUCAGUAAUUGCUGGAGUUCUUCACUUCUUUUUCCUGGCGGUGUUUGCCUGGAUGUGUCUGGAGGGUGUCCAGCUGUACCUCAUGCUGGUCGAGGUGUUUGAGAGCGAGUACUCCCGCAGGAAAUACUACUACGUCGCCGGCUACCUCUUCCCCGCCAUAGUUGUCGGGAUCUCGGCCGCCAUCGACUACAGGAGCUAUGGCACCAAACGGGCCUGCUGGCUGAGAGUUGAUAACCACUUCAUCUGGAGCUUCAUCGGACCCGUAACAUUUGUCAUUAUGCUCAAUCUCAUCUUCCUGGUUGUGACCAUGUACAAGAUGGUGAAGCAUUCCACUUCCAUGAAACCGGACUCCAGCCGCCUGGAGAGUAUCAGGUCCUGGGUGCUGGGUGCAUUUGCUUUACUCUGCCUGCUGGGACUGACGUGGUCGUUUGGCUUGUUCUUCCUGAACGAGUCGUCCGUGGUGAUGGCGUAUCUCUUCACCAUCUUCAACACCCUGCAGGGGAUGUUCAUCUUCAUCUUCCACUGUCUCCUUCAAAAGAAAGUACGUAAAGAAUACAGCAAGUGUUUCCGCCAGUCCCACUGCUGCGGCGGACUGCCCUUGGAGAGCGCUCACGGCUCGGGGAAGACAUCAACAUCCCGCUCCACGGCCCGCUACUCCUCUGCCACGCAGAGCCGCAUCCGGCGGAUGUGGAACGACACAGUGAGGAAGCAGUCCGAGUCCUCCUUCAUCUCGGGAGACAUCAACAGCACCUCGACGCUUAACCAAGGGAUGACUGGCAACUAUCUUCUAACUAACCCCCUUCUCCGACCUCACGACACUAACAACCCCUAUAACAACCUCCUCGCUGAAACCAUCGUGUGCAACACUCCCUCACCUCCGGCCUUUCAUUCUCCAGGCCAGCAAUCCCUGACCAACAGCAGGGACGUGAGCGCCAUGGACACCCUGCCCCUCAACGGCAACUUCAACAACAGUUACUCACUGCGCGACGAGGAGUACGAGGACCCGGCCGUGCACUGCCCCGCCGACUGUGCCCUUGCCCUGGACGACGCCACCUUCGAGAAGAUGAUCAUCUCUGAGCUGGUGCACAACAACCUGCGGCCGCGCGGCGCACCCAGGCCCCGCCACGCCGAGCACGACCCCCACGACAAGGAGAGGGAGAAGGAGCGUGGCCGGCUGGCUGGCGGGGCGCCGCCUCAGACGUGGCUGAGCGUCGAGGUCGGGGUGCGACCGAGCAGCGGGUGUGGGGAAGGGGGGUCCAGCGGCAGUGAGGACGACGCCAUCGUGGCCGACGACGCAGACGCCUCCUCCCCGGCGCGCCCGGCAGCCAGCGGGCCCCCGCACCCGGCGCUGGAGCUGCUGCUGCACCCGCACCACCGCCAGGUGCUGGAUGCCCCACUGCUGCCCCAGCGGACUCACUCGCUGCUCUACAGUGCCCAGCGGGCACAGCGCCGGGCCCCGCGCCACCAGCCGGACAACGACGAAGACGGCGACGAUCAGCUGGACGACGACGGUGGCGCGGACAACCGCUGCGGCGCGAAGGCGGAGCUGGCAGCCCAGGACAAGGACUCGCCGUCGCCCAACAACAGAGACUCCCUGUACACCAGCAUGCCCAACCUGAGAGACUCGCCCUCGCCCUCGCCGUAUGCGGCUGACGAGGACGAGGAGCUCUCGCCUUCCUCCUCCACGCGCAGCGAGGCCGAGGAUCUCUGCCACAAGAGCAUGCCCGACCUGGGCGACGGCCUGCCGUCGCUCUCCUACUACCACAUCAGCCGGCGGGGCACCAGCGAGGGCUGCAUCGGGCCUGGGGACCCCGAGGGCUGCCCCCCGCCUGCGGACGGAGAGCCCCCCAGAGACGGUCAAAUGCAGCUGAUCACCAGCCUCUGAGCUCACAGGGGCGGCAGUCCAAGAGACGCCUCGCCACUUUCGCCAACCCCUCCCUCUCUCACUUGUUUUCUCUCUCUCUCUCUCUCCCUCCCUCUCUCGUUCCGAGUCGCAGACCAUCAGGCAGGAAAAGUGAGCCACACGUGGGAGGAGGCAAAGUGAAAAUGCAUUUUUGUUUC